AUGCAGAAAAUCCUAGAUCGUGUUCUAGCAACACCCCUCUCAGCAACACCCCUCACAGCAACACCCCUCACAGCAACACCCCUCACAGCAACACCCCUCUCAGCAACACCCCUCUCAGCAACACCCCUCUCAGCAACACCCCUCACAGCAACACCCCUCUCAGCAACACCCCUCUCAGCAACACCCCUCUCAGCAACACCCCUCUCAGCAACACCCCUCUCAGCAACACCCCUCACAGCAACACCCCUCACAGCAACACCCCUCUCAGCAACACCCCUCUCAGCAACACCCCUCACAGCAACACCCCUCUCAGCAACACCCCUCUCAGCAACACCCCUCACAGCAACACCCCUCACAGCAACACCCCUCACAGCAACACCCCUCUCAGCAACACCCCUCUCAGCAACACCCCUCACAGCAACACCCCUCACAGCAACACCCCUCACAGCAACACCCCUCUCAGCAACACCCCUCUCAGCAACACCCCUCUCAGCAACACCCCUCUCAGCAACACCCCUCUCAGCAACACCCCUCUCAGCAACACCCCUCUCAGCAACACCCCUCUCAGCAACACCCCUCUCAGCAACACCCCUCUCAGCAACACCCCUCUCAGCAACACCCCUCACAGCAACACCCCUCUCAGCAACACCCCUCUCACCAACACCCCUCUCAGCAACACCCCUCUCAGCAACACCCCUCUCAGCAACACCCCUCUCACCAACACCCCUCUCAGCAACACCCCUCUCAGCAACACCCCUCUCAGCAACACCCCUCUCAGCAACACCCCUCACAGCAACACCCCUCUCAGCAACGCCCCUCUCAGCAACACCCCUCACAGCAACACCCCUCUCAGCAACACCCCUCUCAGCAACACCCCUCUCAGCAACACCCCUCUCAGCAACACCCCUCACAGCAACACCCCUCUCAGCAACACCCCUCUCAGCAACACCCCUCUCAGCAACACCCCUCUCAGCAACACCCCUCUCAGCAACACCCCUCUCAGCAACACCCCUCUCAGCAACACCCCUCACAGCAACACCCCUCACAGCAACACCCCUCACAGCAACACCCCUCUCAGCAACACCCCUCUCAGCAACACCCCUCUCAGCAACACCCCUCACAGCAACACCCCUCUCAGCAACACCCCUCUCAGCAACACCCCUCUCAGCAACACCCCUCUCAGCAACACCCCUCACAGCAACACCCCUCUCAGCAACACCCCUCUCAGCAACACCCCUCUCAGCAACACUCCUCUCAGCAACACCCCUCUCAGCAACACCCCUCUCAGCAACACCCCUCUCAGCAACACCCCUCACAGCAACACCCCUCUCAGCAACGCCCCUCUCAGCAACACCCCUCACAGCAACACCCCUCUCAGCAACACCCCUCUCAGCAACACCCCUCACAGCAACACCCCUCUCAGCAACACCCCUCUCAGCAACACCCCUCUCAGCAACACCCCUCUCAGCAACACCCCUCUCAGCAACACCCCUCUCAGCAACACCCCUCACAGCAACACCCCUCUCAGCAACACCCCUCUCAGCAACACCCCUCUCAGCAACACCCUUCCCAGUGGCUGCCUCUACCGCUCCUUGCAGCUCGUGCUCCCUUUGGCCUGGAACAAGCUGUAGGGUUGAGGGAAGGGAUAGGCAGACGGGAAAUAGGAAGUAA